AAAGAAGCGUGACUUUCCCAACGGCGACGUCACGUUCAACGACACUCGAAAUGGUACUCUCCAUCUCUCAAAUGGCGUCACUUUGUUUCUUCAGGUUUCAUUAUUCUUCUUCUUUUCUUUUUACAAGAACACUAUACUAUUCUCACUCUAGAUUUGUUCCCAAUAAUGUUGAUAAUGUUGUUUCUUCAUUUAAUCACAUACUUAGUAUGAAACCCACUCCAUCCAUCAUUGAAUUUAAUAAGAUUUUAGGUUCUCUUGUUAAGUCUAACAACAAACAUUACCCUACUGCUAUUUCCCUUUUUUAUCAAUUGGAACUCAAUGGAAUUACACCAAGUAUUGUUACUUUCAACAUUGUCAUUAAUUGUUACUGCCAUCUUAGCGAAAUGAAUUUUGCCUUUUCUCUAUUGGGGAAGAUUCUUAAGGUGGGGUUUCACCCGGAUAUUGUAACCCUCACAACACUUAUCAAAGGUAUGUGUCUUAAUGGUAAGGUCAAGGAAGCUUUGCACUUUCACGAUCAUGUGAUUUCACUUGGAUUCCACUUGGACCAAGUUAGCUAUGGGACCUUGAUCAAUGGCUUGUGUAAAAUAGGGGAAACAAGAGCAGCCUUGCAAAUGUUGAGAAAGAUUGAAGGGAAAUUGGUCAACACCGAUGUGGUAAUGUAUAACACAAUCAUCGAUAGUUUGUGUAAAGAGAAAUUGGUGACCGAGGCAUAUGAGUUAUAUUCUGAAAUGAUUACAAAGACAAUUUCUCCUACUGUUGUCACUUUCAGUUCUCUAAUCUAUGGAUUUUGUAUUGUUGGUCAAUUCAAAGAUGCAUUUCGUUUGUUCAAUGAAAUGGUAUUGAAAAACAUCAACCCAAAUGUUUAUACUUUUAAUAUAUUGGUUGAUGCUCUCUGUAAGGAAGGAAAAAUGAAAGAAGCUAAAAAUGUGUUAGCUAUGAUGGUGAAACAAGGUGUGAAACCAGACAUUGUUACUCAUACGUCACUAAUGGAUGGAUAUUGUUUAGUUAAUGAAGUCAACAAAGCCAAAGCUUUAUUUAACACUAUGGUCCAAAGAGGAGUGAUGCCCAACGUUCAUUGCUAUAGUGUCGUGAUUAAUGGGUUGUGUAAGAAUAAAUUGAUCGAUGAAGCCAUGGAUUUCUUUAAAGAAAUGCAAAGCAAAAAGAUUAUCCCUAAUACGGUAACUUACAGUUCUCUUAUUGAUGGUUUGUGCAAAUCAGGGAGAAUUUCUCAUGCUUGGGAGUUGCUUGAUGAGAUGCAUGAUAGAGGUCAACCUGCCAAUGUAAUCACUUUCAGUUCAUUAUUACACGCUCUAUGUAAAAACCGUCAUGUUGACAAGGCAAUUGAAUUGGUCAAGAAACUUAAAGACCGAGACAUUCAACCAAAUAUGUACACAUACAAUAUACUUAUCGAUGGACUAUGCAAACAAGGAAGACUUAAGGACGCACAAGUGAUUUUUCAAGAUCUUUUCAUUAAAGGCUACAAUUUAACAGUAUGGACAUAUAAUAUUAUGAUCAAUGGUCUUUGUUUAGAGGGCUUGCUUGAUGAAGCUUUGGCUCUGUUGUCAAAAAUGGAAGACAAUGGUUGCAUUCCUAAUGCUGUAACUUUCGAAAUAAUUGUCCACGCUCUCUUUAAAAAUGAUGAGAACGAAAAGGCAGAGAAACUUCUACGUGAAAUGAUUGCUAGAGGUCUACUAUAAGGAAAGUACUAGUUAAGAUGAUUUAUUGUUACUCAUUAGGUUAUUUUGAGUUUGGAUGACAAUGUCUAGUCUUUUUAUUUAAUUAGUUUAUUCACUUAUAUUUGCAUUUACAAAGGAUGCUGAACUACACAAUGUAUUCAUUGUUACUAUAGUUCUAAUUAAAAUUCAUGUGUUGUUAUGUUUAUUUUCAUAUUUUAAUGAUACCAAUGGUUUAUUAA